AUGUUCUCUCUGCAGGAAACUGAGAUUGCUCCUGACUGCAACCAUCUGCUGUGGAACUACAAACUCAAUCUGACCACAGACCCAAAGUUCGAGUCUGUGGCCACGGAGGUCUGCAAGAGCACCAUCGCUGAGAUAAAGGAGUGUAACGAGGAGGAGCGAGGGAGGGGCUACCUGGUGUCCUGUCUGGUGGAUCACCGUGGCAACAUCAGCGAGUACCAGUGUAACCAGUACAUCACCAAGAUGACCAGUAUCAUCUUCAGCGACUACAGACUGAUCUGCGGCUUCAUGGACAAAUGUAAAGAAGACAUCAACACCCUGCACUGCGGCAGCAUCAACAUAGGACACAAGGACGUUCACUCGCAGGGUGAAGUGAUCGCCUGUCUGGAGAAAGCGUUGGUGAGGGAGGCGGAGCAGCAGGAUCACGUUCGACCAAUCAAAGAGGAGUGUCAGAGGGCAAUCCUGCGGGUGGCGGAGCUGUCGUCAGACGACUUUCACCUCGACCGCCACCUUUACUUCUCCUGCCGAGAUGACCGCGAGAGAUUCUGUCAGAACACUCAGGCAGGAGAAGGGAAAGUCUACAAGUGUCUGUUUAAUCACAAGUUUGAAGAGGCCAUGUCAGAAAAGUGCCGGGACGCUCUGACCACCCGUCAGAAGCUGAUCUCUCAGGACUACAGAGUCAGUUACUCUCUGGCUAAAGCCUGUAAGCUGGACCUGAGGAAGCAGCGCUGCAGCCUGGACACCAACCUGCCACGAGCCCGCGAGGCUCGCCUGUCGUACCUGCUGCUGUGUCUGGAGGCUGCUGUGCACCGCGGUCGUCCCGUCAGCGGCGAGUGUCAGGGGGAGAUGCUGGACUACCGGCGGAUGCUGAUGGAGGAUUUCUCUCUGAGUCCGGAGAUCGUGCUGCACUGCCGGACGGAGAUCGAGGCUCACUGCUCCGGCCUGCAUCGCAAAGGCCGCACACUGCACUGCCUGAUGAGAAUUGGACGCGGCGACCGCAGCACCACCGUCGACAGCGUCUGCCAGAGCGCCCUGCAGACGUUGAUCCAGUCUGCCGACCCCGGAGCCGACUACCGGAUCGACCGGGCGCUCAACGAGGCCUGCGAGUCCGUCAUCCAGACCGCCUGCAAACACAUCCGCAACGGAGACCCAAUGAUCCUAUCGUGCCUGAUGGAGCACCUGUACACAGAGAAGAUGGUGGAGGACUGUGAGCACCGACUGUUGGAGCUGCAGUAUUUCAUUUCCAGAGACUGGAAACUGGACCCCAUCCUGUAUAAGAAGUGUCAGGGCGACGCUGCUCGACUGUGUCACACACACGGCUGGAACGAGACCAGCGAGCUGAUGCCGCCGGGCGCCGUCUUCUCCUGCCUGUACCGCCACGCCUACCGCACCGAGGAGCAGGGACGCCGGGUGAACCCAGACGGGCAGUUAUCUCGGGACUGUAAAGUCGAGGUUCAGAGGAUUCUCCACCAGAGGGCGCUGGAUGUGAAGUUGGACCCUGAGCUGCAGAAACGCUGCAUGACCGACCUCGGCAAGUGGUGCAGCGAGAAGACGGACACUGGACAGGAGCUGGAGUGUCUGCAGGAUCACCUGGAGGAUCUGGUGUCUGCCUGCAGGGAAGUCGUGGGCAAUCUGACGGAGCUGGAGUCAGAGGACAUCCAGAUUGACGCUCUGCUCAUCAGAGCCUGUGAACCCGUCACCCAGGCGCACUGCCACAUUCAAAUGAAGGAUUUCCGGUUCUCCUAUAAGUUCAAGAUGGCCUGUAAGGAGGACGUUCUCCGCUUGUGUCCAAACAUCAAGAAAAAGGUGGAUGUCGUCAUCUGUCUGAGCACCACGGUGAGGAACGACACGCUGCAGGAGGCCAAGGAGCAGCGGGUUUCACUCAAAUGUCGUAAACAGCUGCGGGUGGAGGAGCUGGAGAUGUCAGAGGAUAUUCGCUUGGAACCAGAGCUGUAUGAUCCCUGUAAGUCCGACAUCAGCCGUCUGUGUCCCAACGUGGCGUUUGGUAACGCUCAGAUGAUCGAGUGUCUGAAGGAGCAGAAGAAGCAGCUCAGUCAGCGCUGCCACCAGCGGAUCUUCAGGCUGCAGGAGGGGAUGACCGACCCCCCGAGCCUCGAUUACCGCUGGAUGGGAGUCUGCAAGCAGAUGAUCAAGCGGUUCUGUACUGAAGCGGACGCCAGGAACGUCCUUCAGUGUCUGAAACAGAACAAGAACAGCGAGCUGAUGGAUCCCAAGUGUAAACAGAUGAUCACCAAGAGACAGAUCACACAGAACACAGACUACAGGCUGAACCCGGUGUUAAGAAAAGCUUGCCGAGCUGACAUCCCAAAGUUCUGCCAGCCAAUCCUGAACAAGGCGAGCGAGGACAGUGAGCUGGAGGGUCAGGUCAUCACCUGCCUCAAACUCAAAUACGCCGACCAGAGGUUGUCGCCAGACUGUGAAGACCAGAUCAGAGUGAUUCUCCAGGAGUCGGCGCUCGACUACAGACUGGACCCACAGCUGCAGAUGCACUGCUCAGAUGAGAUCUCCAGGUUGUGUGCGGAGGAGGCAGCAGCUCAGGAGCAGACCGGUCAGGUAGAAGAGUGUCUGAAGGUCAACUUACUGAAAAUCAAACAGGACGGCUGUAAAAAGGAAGUCCUCAACAUGCUUAAGGAGAGUAAGGCAGACAUCUUUGUGGACCCGGUCCUCCACACAGCCUGCGCUCUGGACCUCAAACACCACUGUGCUGCCAUCACACCUGGCAGAGGACGACAGAUGUCGUGUCUGAUGGAGGCGUUACAGGACAAGAGAGUCCGCCUGCAGCCGGAGUGCAAGAAAAGACUUCAAGAUCGCAUCGACAUGUGGAGCUACGCUGCAAAGGUGGCGCCGGCAGAGGGUUUCUCAGACCUGGCCGUGCAGGUGAUGAUAUCGCCCUCCAAGAACUACAUCCUGUUAAUGAUCGCACUGAGCGUGUGCGUCCUCUUCCUCGUGGGGCUGCUGUGCGGGCGGAUCACCAAGCGAGUGACGAGAGAACUGAAGGACCGGUAGAGGGCGAGCGCUCGGACACAUCGUGAAAGACUGACUCCUUCCUCCUCUUCCUCCUCUUCCUCUCCUCCUCCUCCUCCUCCUCCUCCUCUCUCAGAUGCCCGGUCUGUAACCAGCCAACCUGCACAGUGCCAACGCCAGUACCCACAUCUGGAACUCCUCUGUUUAUUGGCUGCUGCUGAAUAUUUGCAUCAGAUGCAAAACGCCCCCCGACUCUCACGAAAACCUUAGAUCUCCAUUUGGGCUUCUCCAAACUGACUGUCUGAUUGGAGCGUUUUUUCCCUUGAUGAUCGUAUCUUUCUCCCAACAAAUCUGCUUUUGCCGAGGACUUCGUUUGGGGUCGGAUGUCAGGUCGUCCGGCAUCUUUUAAGUUUCUAAAUAAGCGCUGUUAAUGAUGUGACUGAGGGCUGCUGCUUCUGAGGUUAGGAUUGCUUUCCACUCGUUGAGUCCUGAUGCUUUUUGUGAUAUUUAAGACUGGAGCAUGUAGAGCAACAGGACUUUGUUUCUUUUUAAGUGACUGCGGCUGCCUGAAUCGCACACGGAGCAACUUUAAAUCUUGAGGCAAAACCUUUGCGUUGAAUUCUGUGAUGUUUGAACAUUUUUCUUCAUCCCGUCCCGUCCCGAUCGCGUCUAGCUCACCAGGUACGACUCUCUACAUUUGGACCAGUUCAGCCACAAGUUUUUGAUUCUUCCGGAUACUUUCACCAUGACCUGUGUAGUCCCAAAUCCCUGUUCUCUGUUGCCUUUAAUGAACCAACACAAUCUAUCACAUAACACACAGAGGCUUCAUUUUAUAACUGUACGACCUGCCAGCGCACAAACAUGCGCCGUUGUCUUUCUGUUGUGAGGGAGGAAGUGAUUAAUACAGAUAAAGCAUCUAAACACAAGACUCAUGUAAAAACAGCUGUUUUUCUCUGCAUAGGGAGUUCCUUUUUUUGCAAAUGACUUGUGUAUCGAUGGCAUGCGAGACGUAAGCCCACACUACUUCGAUGUUUAAAGUCAUAUCGUACAUUUACACUCAAAACAUGCAUGUAAACAUACAGUAGAUCAGACAUGAGCCAAAACAUCGUCUGAAAAUGGGCACAAACAAGACUGAGGUAAUCUUUUCAAACAGGGUCCGUAGAUAAUAGCUGCUUCUCUUAGGCUCUUAGCCUAGCUUAGCAUAAAGACGGAGACUCACCCCCGUACAGUUGUCAUAAACAGGAAAUUUGGCUAUAAAGAGUUGAGCAUUUUAAUAUGGGGCCUUUAUGGACAUUGACUCACUUCUGUAGUCAGCCUCAAGUGGCCGUUAGAGGAACUGCAGUUUUUGUUACGUCAGUGUCGGCUUCAUUAGCCAGUCACAGAGGUUUCUGCUUGGAUAAAACGUGUUAAUCAGUGAUCUUUUAGAGGUGUAUUUUUAACUCUGGACAGAGCCAGGCUAGCUGUUUCCACCUGCUUCCAGUCUUUAUGCUAAGCUAAGCUAAUCACCCCCUUGGCUCCAGCUCCUAUAAACGUGUCCAGCACCAAACGGCUUGUUCUGCUGCCCCCAAGUAGCCAAAAAAAAAAUCUAUUAAAGCAGCUUUAAGUGUUUUUGACUGCAGCAGGGAGGGCCUGAGGGCCACAGUGGGAGACAGCAGAGGAAAAAUAAAGUGCAGCCGUCAUGGUGAACUGGACUGAUCAAGGUUUCAUAAGACUGAUUGUGAUAUUAUUAUUAUUAAUUAUCUGAUUCAGAUUAUUCAGUUUUAUUUAUACAUGUGUAUCACCUGAAGCUUGAGCUGACUAAUAUCAGAUACAUUGUAACUUCCAUAAUAAACGUAUGUGACGCAUACAAGCAAAAUAUCUGCACGGGGUCACCUUUUACCAGGUGACAUGAGACGAUCACUAGGAAUGCAUCAAAUAGUAAUAUUAAAGGAAACUUAUAAAGGAUGUUUGGCUUCAUCAGUCCCUCCAGGAAGUUGCAAUGUCGUCGCAUCAGUUAACGCAAAUUCAACCAAUCCCUGCAACUUUUCCACAAAUUUGACCAAUCAUCACUCACAGCAAAACACUGAGCCAAACAUCACUGGAACAAGUUGCCUUCAAUUUUUAAUGAAUUAUACAAUAAAGUAGCAACUAUUUUUUCACUUUCUCAUCCAAUUUAAUCGCAAAAUAAUUCCUAAAAACAUUUCAACAUGCGUCACACGAAGAAAAGCUUCCAUGAAAUCAGGCAUUAUAUAUUUUUAUCUAAAUGGGACCAUAAUUUACUAAAUAAAUAUCAUGCUGUAUGGAAAAAGACUGAAACUAGAGAUUGAGACCAUAAACUCAUUAGGAAACUAUUAAUGAGCUAAUAAAGUGAGAAGUUGGGUCAUUUUUUGAUAAGACCAAUGAAAGCCUGUCAGAUCCUGGAGGGACUGCUUAAUGCUGACAUUUUUCAUCCAGGUAGAAAAGAAUCGCUCAGUAUUUUACAGACAUUCAAGCCAUAAACUUAUUGUUGCUUUUGUUUCAGGCUACUUUAAUUGUAACUAAAGAGAUUUUUUUUCUUCUGAUUGAUGAAUAUUUUAUUUUGCACUUUAACUUGAUCACAUCUGCCGUGCAUUGAAGUGCUUGUUUGUUCGCUGACAUGAGCUGACUGGACAAUGAGCCUCAUUCAUCUCAUUCACAUGUAAAAAGAUGUCUAAAAAAAAAAGUAACCACACCUUUCUUUUAGCGAAUGUUUUGCAGCUUCUGGUUGUACAUUAAUAUUUGUGAGGGAGUUAAAAGAAGCAGCAUACACACGAUGUUUGCUGCUCGUUCACAAAUGUUAACGCCGCUGAAGUUUUAAACCAUUUGUGAACAUUCUCGAAGGGAUUUGAGUGUGAAAAAAGAAACGUCCUCUACCUGAAAGCCGAGCCGUCGUCAGAUAGAAUCCAGCAGCUCGCUGCUUUGAGCUUUUCUAAAUGAUCUUUAUCUUUCCUGUGUGUCUCUGCUGAAGUCAGGUGUUGAAUCACAGUCAUUUCACAGGAAAUAAAGGAGAUAUCAUAAGUUUGUACGCAAGACUCUACGUGUACAAACCUUAUCAGUGUGCAGUUUUUUUCUUUUCAGAUUAUACCAUGUAACAUGAAGACGUAACUGAUUUAUCAUUGUGAGAUUUGAUUUUGCUGUACAGAUAAGAAUUUGUCAAUUUAAUAAAACUGUCUGCAGAUUUUCUUAU